AUGCUGGGGAAGGGGUUACAUCGAGGAUGGCAGGCAGCCAGCUGGGAAGAACAGCGAGAGGAGAGCGAGCCAAACGUCGCAGCAUGCAAGCGAGCCGCUGGUACAGUGAUGGGUGGGGUGACGAGGGUUUGGAUUCCACACCGACCCCUCCCCACCCACGAUGAUCCUUGGACAGUCCUUCACAGGUGGGGCUGCUGGUCACAGGUGGGGCUGCUGGUCACAGGUGGGGCUGCUGGUCACAGGUGGGGCUGCUCGUCACAAGUGGGGCUGCUGGUCCUGGUGCCUGGUGCUGACGUGACGGCGCUGGUGCUGGCGGCUGGCGCUGGUGCUGGUGCCUGGUGCUGGCGGCUGGCGCUGGUGCUGGUGCCUGGUGCUAGCGUGACGGCGCUUGUGCGUGGUGCUGGCGGCUGGCGUUGGUGCUGGUGCCUAGUGCUGGCGGCUGGCGCUGGUGCUGGUGCCUGGUGCUGGCAUGACGGCGCUGGUGCCGGUGCUGGUGCUGGUGCCUGGUGCUGGCGGCUGGCGCUGGUGCUGGUGCCUGGUGCUGGCAGCUGGCGCUGGUGCUGGUGCUGGUGCCUGGUGCUGGCGGCUGGCGCUAGUGCUGGUGCCUGCAUUCCUCCGCCACUACCUUCUCCCUUUCCCUCUCCCCCCCAUUGCGAGCGUUCCGCCGCCAAUCCCUUCCCCUCCUCCCUCUCCCACCCACAGCGACCGCCGCUGCACACGCGAACAGUCGCGACGGGGGGGAUGACGGGCAGGGGGCCCGGGGAAUGCGACGGGAGGGAAGAAAACGGGACGGGGGGGGGGGGGGGAAGGGCCGCGACGACCGCCACAGACGCCGUCCCCUUCAUUCCCGAUGCCGCCCCCCCAACCCUUCCCCACUCUCGUGCAAACUCGGCAGCAGGCCAUCCCUCUCAUUUGUUUCUCACCAACCCUCCACCUCCUUCCCCACCGCAACGACUACUGUCCCCUCCUUCCUUCCCCCCACCUUUCCUCCUCUCUCUUCACUAUUCAUCCCGGCUGCCAUCUACCUCACCACCCUCCCUGCGGCCAUGGCAGGUGACCGUCUCCUUCGACCACGCCUCGCUGUCGCUCUCCCUCCUGUCCGACCUGCUACUCCUCGCUGUCUUCGACUCCGCCCUCUCCCGCGACGACACGUCAGCAGCUAAUUUUACUGGCUUCGCUGCCGACGCGUCAGGCGGUGCUGAGCUGGCAUCUCUCGACGUCACGCUGUCAGGUGCCCUCACUGAGCUGGCAUCUGACCCAGAUUUCAGAGCGAAGCCCGGGCAGGUUUCGCAAGUCCUUCGCUUUCCUGGGCAGCCGUUUAAAAGAGUCGCGCUGCUGGGACUGGGCAAGCCGGAUGUGCUUUUAAAGGGGGAGGCCGGCUCAUGGCAGGGGGUAGGCUCCGCUAUAGCGAGCGCUGCUAAAACGAAUCAAGCUAGCAAGGUAUCCCUUGCAUUCCUCGGCAAGCCAGAGGCGGCGGAGGGGCAGGAGAUUAAAGUCGGGAGCGCGGUUUGGGGGAUAGUGACGGGCGCCAUAGUAGGUAGCUUCGAGGACGUGCGGUUCAAAUCGGAAGAAAUGGAGAAGGCGAAGGAAGAGAGGGGUGUGAAGGAGUUGCAAGUGGUGGGGCUGGGUGACGCGGAGUCACUGCAAAAGGACGUGUUCGAGACCGCCCCUCACGCGGACGUGCUGAGCGCGCGUGUACUAGAAAAGGACGAAUGCGCCGCCCUGGGCAUGGGGUCGUACCUGGCAGUGGCGGAGGCAUCAGCGGCGGACAACCCGCCCAAAUUCAUCCACGUCACCUACACACCACUUGCUGCUGCGGAUGGUCAAGGGGCGGAGGAGAAGCCGCUGAAGAAGCUGGCGCUGAUCGGCAAGGGACUCACCUUCGACAGUGGCGGCUACAACCUCAAGGCGGGGCCGGGUUCAAUGAUUCACCUGAUGAAGUUUGACAUGGGCGGCACUGCUGCUGUGCUGGGCGCUGCCAAGGCCAUCGCUGCCAUUCAGCCCCAGGGCGUGCAGGUGCAUUUCAUCAUAGCAGCGUGUGAGAACAUGGUCAGUGGGGGCGGCAUGAAGCCGGGCGACAUCAUCACCGCCUCCAACGGCAAAACCAUCGAGGUGAACAACACGGACGCGGAGGGGCGGCUGACACUGGCAGAUGCGCUGCUGUACGCGCAGCAGCAGGGCGUGGAGAAGAUUGUUGAUGUCGCCACCCUCACUGGCGCUUGCAUCAUCGCCCUCGGGAACGACAUCGCUGGUCUCUUCACCCCGAGUGAUGAGCUGUUAGCGGAGCUGGAGGCGUCAUCCAAGGCGUGUGGUGACAAGGUGUUGUGCAUGCCCAUGGAGGAGGCGUAA